UUUGUGGUGUUUGUUUUCUGAAUUGUUUGAAUCAAUGCAAACCGCUCUUUUAUAGCUUUUGGCAGAACAGGUGCGUCUCAUUUUGCUCCAUAAAUAGUGAGUAAGUUUAUAUUAAAAGUCAGUGUCCAGUAACUGUUAGUUAUGAGAGAAACGGACAGAUUUAGACAGAUUUAGUUUGCAUUUAAUUUCCUUUCUGUUAAUGAUUUUAGUAAUGACACACUAUUAUAAAGAUGGAGUUUAUUAAAGAGGAGAGUGAAGAAGUGAAGAUUGAAGAGACUUUCAGAGUCAAACAAGAAGAUACUGAGGAACAAACAGACCUCAUGCCGCUGAAAGAGGAGCACAUAGUACCGAAUGAACAAUAUGAGACUCAUCAUGAUUUUAAAACCGGUGAAGAAUCUUUAAGUUGCCCACAGAUUGAAGAGACUUUCUCACAAAAAAACACCCAUAGAACAGGAACUACAAGUUAUUUCACCCCUUUUCACUGUGAAAAGAGUUUUGAUGAACAUGGAAACCUUAAAGUCCACAUGAGAGUUCACACUGGAAAGAAGCCUUUCACCUGCCAACUGUGUGGAAAAAGUUUUACUCAAAAAGUAAACCUUAACAGACACAUGAGAAUUCACACUGGAGAGAAGCCUUACACUUGCCAACAGUGUGGAAAGAGUUUUGAUCAACAUGGAAACCUAAAAGUGCACAUGAGAGUUCACACUGGAGGGAAGCCUUACACCUGCAAACAGUGUGGAAAAAGUUUCAAUAGAAAAGGAGACAUUAAUGACCACAUGAGAGUUCACACUGGAAAGAAGCCUUUCACCUGCCAACUGUGUGGAAAGAGUUUUACUCAAAAAGUAAACCUUAACAGGCACAUGACAAUACACACUGGAAACAAGCCUCACAUCUGCCCUGAGUGUGGAAAGAGUUUUGAUCAACUUGGAAACCUUAAAGUGCACAUGAGAGUUCACACUGGAGAGAAACCUUACUCCUGCAAACAGUGUGGAGUCAGUUUCACUCAUGAAGGUAGUAUUUACAGGCACAUGAGAAUUCACACUGGAGAGAAGUCUUUCACCUGCCAACAGUGUGGAAAAAUAUUCAAUAGAAAAGGAAACCUCAAUGACCACAUGAGAGUUCACACUGGAGAGAGCCCUUUCACCUGCCAACAGUGUGGAAAGAGUUUCACUCAAAAAGUAAACCUUAACAGGCACAUGAGAAUUCACACUGGAGACAAGCCUUACACUUGCCCUGAGUGUGGAAAGAGUUUUUAUCAACAUGGAUACCUUAAAGUGCACAUGAGAAUUCACACUGGAGAGAGUUGUUUUAUCUGCCAACUGUGUGGAAUAAGCUUCAUUAAAAAAGGAUUCCUUAGCAGGCACAUGAGAAUUCACACUCAAGAAAAACCUUAUACAUGCCCUCAGUGUGGAGAGAGUUUCAAACUACAUGAAAGCCUUAAAGCCCACAUGAGAGUUCACACUGGAGAGAGUCCCUUCACCUGCCAACAGUGUGGAAAAUGUUUUUCUCAAAAAGGAAACCUUAGCAGGCACAUGAGAAAAUUUCACUGCGUUUAUUAAACACAAACAUGAUAAACACAUGAGAAUUCAUUUGAGAGAACUGUUUUAUGUCAUCAGUGUGGAAGGAGUUUCUCAGACAGGAAUUAUGUAAUAAUGUUAUGAUGUGUAGGAAGCUCAGAAGUGAAGGACAGGAGACUCUGGUGUAUAUUCAGUAGGAUUCUAUAUUGAGAAGGUGCUGUGUGGCACCGUAAGAGUUGGGUAUUGGAUCUUGGACUUGGACUCAAGUCUGAGCUUUAAUAGAUCUAAUAAAAAUACAUUUAAUAAAUGCAGACGUGUCCUACAACAUUUAGAUGCAAUGAAAGGUUAUUCAUAUCAUAUUUCAAGUUCAAGUUCAGUUUAUUUAUAAAGCACAUUUAAAAACAGUCA